AUGAAUACAUAUAAGGAUGUCAAUCGGAGAGUCCUCGCAAUCCAGGCGAAGAAAAAGAGGCAUAAACCAGGCAAGAGGAAGCCUAAAGUCGAAGAGAAUCGUUCUACCACACCUAAGGACAAGACCUACUUCAAUAAAACUGAACCUAGUACUUCAUCUUCAAAUGAAACUAUUGAGGAAGACGAAGACGAACCGUAUUCAUCUGAUGAAGAAGAACAGGAGGAUUCAACAGAUUACUGUAAAGGAGGUUAUCAUCCAGUAAAAAUUGGUGAUCUUUUUCUUAGCAGGUAUCAUGUUACUAGGAAGUUGGGAUGGGGUCAUUUUUCCACUGUUUGGCUGUGCUGGGAUCUUGUUGACAAAAGGUUUGUAGCUUUAAAGGUUGUUAAGAGCGCAUCUCACUUUACAGAGACUGCCUUAGAUGAAAUCAAGCUAUUGAAAGUUGUUCGUGACAGUGAUGCCACUGAUCCCAAGCGUGAAAAAGUUGUACAGCUAUUGAAUGAUUUUAAAAUAAGUGGUGUUAAUGGCACUCAUGUUUGUAUGGUUUUCGAAGUGUUGGGACAUAAUUUACUAAAACUAAUUAUUAAGAGUAAUUAUCGAGGCAUUCCAAUUAGAAAUGUGAAGUGUAUCAUUCGACAAGUUUUAGAAGGCUUAGAUUACCUGCAUACAAAAUGCCAGAUUAUACACACUGAUAUCAAACCAGAGAAUGUUUUGCUGUGUGUUAGUGAAUCUUACAUUAGGAAACUUGCCUGUGAAGCAACAGAGCUUCAUUCAACUGGUUCGAAAUUGCCGAUUUCAUUAAUCAGUACAGCACCAAAGGAGUUUCAAGAGUUGGCUCCUAAUUCGAAAAUGUCCAAAAACAAGAAGAAGAAACUGAAAAGGAAAGCUAAAAGGCACAAUGAACUUUUGAAAAAACAAAUGCAACAAAUCGAAGAACUAGAGGAACAGAGAAAAAACACUGAAAAGGAAGGUACUAAGAUGAAAUCGAAUGAUAGUACUGCUACAACUCCUGAAGAAAAUAUGAAUUUACAAGAUAUAUCAGAAAAAGAAAUGUCUACUGAAAUUAAAACUGACAGUGAAUAUCUUAAUGGUUGUGAUCUCAUUGACCCUAUGAAUGCAAAUAUUACAGGAGCAGGUGAAACAGGAUGUGUUGAAGGACUGAUGCAGGAUGAAAAAGUCGAGAGUGAAAAAAGUUUUGAUGGUGGAGGAGAAGAUAUUAAUCUCGCGGAAGAGCCCCUAAGUAUUAGCCCAAGUGAAGAUACCACUCCAUCAUCUCCACGUAGGUGUGAAAGGAAGUACUAUGGAAAUGAAAUAGACCCGUCAAGGUGGGAAUGUGAAAUGGAUGUUAAAAUAGCUGAUCUAGGAAAUGCUUGUUGGGUUGACAACCAUUUUACAGAAGAUAUACAAACUAGACAGUAUAGGUCUCUUGAAGUUCUUAUUGGUGCUGGUUACAAUACUUCGGCUGAUAUUUGGAGUACCGCCUGUAUGGCGUUCGAGUUAGCUACUGGUGACUACCUCUUUGAACCUCAUUCAGGCGAUGGCUAUUCGAGAGAUGAAGAUCAUCUAGCUCACAUCAUUGAAUUGCUUGGAGAGAUUCCGAAAAGGAUAAUAAAUUCUGGAAAGCAGUCUCGUCAAUACUUUAACAAGAAAGGAGAGUUGAGGCACAUUGCAUGGCUGAAGCCUUGGGAUCUAUACGAUGUGUUGACUGAUAAGUAUAAUUGGAGUCCACAAGAUGCUAAGGACUUUGCUGCCUUCUUACGGCCAAUGCUGGACUUCGAUCCUAACAGAAGGGCUACAGCCGCAGAAUGCCUCCAGCAUCCUUGGCUCAAAUAUUAA